GUCUACGGUGGAGGUAAGGGAGGGUGUUCAUUACUGUUGUGUUGUGACCAGAUACCCAAAAGAAACCACGUAGGGGAGGAAAGAUUUAUUUUGGCUCAUUGUUUCAGAGGUGUCAGUCCAUCAUGGCAGUGAUGGCAGGUUGGAGUGGCCCCAUCAGUGGAGGUGACAGUGUGAAGAGGAGCAGCUGUUCACACCAUGGCAGACCUGGAACCUGAGAGAGCAGUGGGAACCAGGGGCAGGGGCUGGUGUCCUUUGAGGAUGUGUCUGUGGACUUCACCUGGGAGGAGUGGCAGGACCUGGAUGACGCUCAGAAGAAGCUCUACAGGGACGUGAUGCUGGAGACCUACAGAAGCCUGGAGUCCUUGAAUCAGUGUGAUCCCAAACCUGAGUUGAUCCUGAAGUUGGAGCAAGAAGCUGGGCCAUGGAAGGAAGAAGAUGCCCCUGACCAGAGCCUCCCAGACAUGCAGAAUGCGAAUGCCCAGGGUGCGAUCCGCCAGGACAAUCAAAAGAUGCAUGGACGCGAUCUGGUAAUUGCCAAGAGCAACACACCAGCUGAGGAGAGGGCUAAAGCAGGAAAAACACGCACUAGCUCAAACCGUGUUUUAAGUCUGGCUGUGAAGAAUGGCAUGUCUUCUGGAAUGAGACCUGGGGCUCUUACCAUGUGGGAUAAUGUGCUUCUCCCCGGUGGGUCCAGUGGGACACAGGCUGUAGAGGACCUUCCUAAUGCAACCAGGGUGUCCCCGAGCCUUCCCAAGCCUCUUAAUCUAUAUGGUAGUACCGAGUGUGAAGAGCAGCGUCUUCAGUAUUAUGGGCCCAGAGAAGCUUUCCACAUGAAGACAGUGUGGUUACAGAACACAUUUCCAAUGAGAGAUGCCUCCAGGAAGCUGAGGGACUACAGGAAAAGAUUAGAAAAGUUAGCUCUUCCUGCCCAAGGCGGUACUCGGGUACAGGAGCAAACUUUUAAAUGCAAAGUGUGUGGGCAAUUGUUCUAUAAAAAGUUUCAUCUCACACAGCAUUUAAAAACACACAAAGAAAAGAAAUGCUAUAAAGGUAAUAAUUGUGAGCCAAUAUUCAAUAUACAAUCAAAGUUCCCAAAACAUCAAAGGUUGGGAGUGGGAGAAGCGCCUACCUCAUUACACAUGUGUAAUGAUGUUGAGAAUUACAUUUGUCAGAAAUCAGAAACAAAUGUUGAGCAGAGACUCCUAGGCGAUGGGAGGAAUGUGUUCCGGAAAACUCUGUGCUCAAAGUUGAAUUGCAGUGCUCAGCAGAGCCCUGGCAGGCGUGAGAAAUCCUAUGAGUACAGUACAUCUGGGAAAACAGUUUGUGAGUCAGACCUCCACCAGCUUCAGACAGCUCACAGGUCUGAGAGGGAGUGUGCAUGUAAUACCUGUAGGGAAACCUUUAACCAUACACCAAAUGUCCACUCACAGUCCAGCGCUCACACAGCUGAGAAAGCCUAUGAGAGUAAAGACUGUGAGCAGUCCAAACCCACUGUGAGUCGGCCGACUCACACGCAGGAGAAGCGCUAUGUGUGCAGUGUAUGUGGAAAAGCCUUUUACAAAAGAGCUCACCUAAAUGCACACCAGCGAACUCACACAGGGGAGAAGCCGUACGACUGUAAGGAAUGUGGGAAGUCUUUUAGGCUGAAGUCGUUUCUUGUUGUGCAUCAGAGAAUUCACACAGGUGAGAAGCCCUUUGCGUGUGCAACGUGUGGGAAAAGUUUCAAGCAGAGGACCAGCCUGUACACACACAUCCGAAUUCACACAGUCAGACUCCUACCUUCUGGUGAGUGCAGCCCGUUCCUGCCGGCGGCGGCGGCGGCGGCGGCGGCGGCCGGGACAGAUGCUGUGCGGUGUGCAGACGGUUGCGAUCCCGGGAGGCCUGGCCUGGUGUCCUUUGAGGAUGUGUCUGUGGACUUCACCUGGGAGGAGUGGCAGGACCUGGAUGAUGCUCAGAGGCAGCUCUACAGGGACGUGAUGCUGGAGACCUACAGAAGCCUGGAGUCCUUGGAUCAGUGUGACCCCAAACCUGACUUGAUCCUGAAGUUGGAGCAGGGAGCUGGGCCAUGGAAGGAAGAAGAUGCCCCUGACCAGAGCCUCCCAGCUAUGCAGUAUGGGAAGAGACACGUGAGCCACCCGGUCAUCACUGGUGACUUGUCAGCCGAGGAGAGGCGCAACUUUGGGAAAAUAUUUAAUAUGAGUUCCCACCGUGUUUUACACCUCACUGUUAAGAACAGGAACUCUUCUAGAAUGAGAUCUGAGGGGCUUGGUAUAUGGGAAAAUGUAUAUCUCCCUAGUGAGUCCAUUGAAAUGCAGGCCACUGAAGAACUUGGUCAUCUAAAUACAUGCAGACCUGCCGAGCCUCUCCGUCUGGACCACGGUGUUGAAAGUGGGCUGCAGCACUUCCAGUAUACUCAACAUGACAAAGCCUUCAACGGGAACACUGUGUGGACACAUAAAGUGUUUCCUUUGGGAGAUGACUCGAGUAAGUUCAAGGAAUAUGGGAAAGCCUUUGAUGAGCUGACUGUUAGUGCUCAAGAGGGGACUCACCUAAGAGAGGAACCCGGUUACUGUAAAAUGUGUAAGAAUUCAUUCUCUGACAAGUGUAGCCAUACUCAGCAUUUAAAAACAUGCAUAAAAAUCAACUAUGGUAAAUGUGCUGAUGGUGAGCCAGCACUCAACACAGAACCAAGUCUUGUAAAUCCUCAGAGCACUCCGCAUCCAUGGGAAAAGCCCUGUGGGUGUAAGGAUGGCAAGAAAUGUGUGUGUCAGAUGCCAAAAGAGAGGGUCAACCAGAAUGCUUUCUCGAGUAAACAGAGUACUUGUGUGAAAAAAUUUUGCCCAAACUCAAAUUUCAGUGUGCACCAGAGACCACACACCAGUAAAAAGCCCCAUGAUUGCACUACAUCUGCAAAAAUCAACAACCAACCUCGCAAACGUCACAGGUGUGGGAGAACCUACCAAUGUAAAGUAUGUGGGAAAGCCUUUAAACACACACAAAACCUGUAUUUACACCACAGAACUCACACCGGUGAGAAGCCCUAUGAGUGUAAAGAGUGUAAGAAACUGUUCAGUGUAAAGUCCAAUCUUAGUGUACAUCAGAAAACUCAUACGGGCGAAAAACCCUAUGAGUGUGACAUCUGUGGCAAUGCCUUCAAAAGGAGGUGUGACCUAACUAUACACCGGAGAGUUCACACCGGUGAGAAGCCCUACGAAUGUAAAGAGUGCAGGAAAACCUUCAGUAUAAAGUCAGGCCUCAUUGUACAUCAGAGAAUUCACACGGGCGAGAAACCGUAUGAGUGUCAUGCAUGUGGGAAACGUUUUAACCAGAAGUCAAAUCUCUCCACACAUGAGAAAAUCCACACAGGCGAGAAGCCCUUCGAAUGUGAAGAAUGUGGAAAGUCAUUUAGCGUCAAGUCAUAUCUCACUAUACACCAAAAAACUCACCUGGGUGAGAAAGCCCAUGCAUGA